AUGCUAGAUGAAAUUAUUCAGAUUCUAGAGAAGGAUGUGGAAGAGAGUAGCGAGAUGUGUAGUGAUUUGCGACGACGCGUGCUUGAGGCAGUUGAAGUUAGGCAGCAGUCUCCGGGGGUCCUGCCACCUGCUUCACAUGCGGCAAGUGUGACAGAUGCACCAGGAGAAUGUGAAGUAGAGCGGGACAAUGCGGAUGGGCUACUUGACAAUUAUUCAACCGACUCACAUCUGAGUGACAGUGAGGCCUUUUUGAGAGAAUUCGAGGAAUUUGAGAAGAGCAUGCACCAGAUGGAAACCUUUGCUGUACAGCCAUCGACGGAAGACAUGACAGUCCUUAAGAGAAUAAGAGCAUCUACACCACAUUCGGCCGUCCGCAAUGAAGAGGAAGCUACAAAGGCCGUUCUACCGUAUGAGAAUAAAUUUUGGAUUGGAUGCGGAACGGACACCCUGAAAGUCUUCAAUAAUCCGAAGGAUCGACGCAUUGAGUCCAUCGCGCGUACCAGUGGAUGCCGCAUAACGUUGAGAGAAAACAGGCGGAAAAACGCACUGGGCCAAUAG